AUGACUUCCAAAGAAGAAGCCAAGGCUUCCUCGGUGGAGGAGAGAAGAAGGAGCCCCCUGGAUCAACUACCCCCUCCUGCCAAUUCCAACAAGCCUCUGACCCCCUUCAGCAUAGAGGACAUUCUGAACAAGCCGGCCGUCAGGCGAAGUUACACCAUCUGCGGGACAGCGCACCUCCUCUCCAGCACCGACAAGCACCCGCCAGCCGGCCUGCCCCUCUCCAGCCGGGCGCUCCUCUCCCAAACCUCCCCGCUCUGUGCCCUGGAGGAACUGGCCAGCAAAACCUUCAAAGGGCUGGAAGUCAGCGUCCUGCAGGCAGCUGAAGGAAGGGAUGGGAUGACUAUUUUUGGCCAGAGACAAACUCCCAAGAAAAGGAGGAAGUCUAGAACCGCCUUUACAAACCACCAGAUCUACGAACUGGAAAAGAGGUUUUUGUAUCAGAAAUACCUCUCCCCAGCCGACCGAGACCAAAUCGCCCAGCAGCUGGGGCUGACCAACGCCCAGGUGAUCACCUGGUUUCAGAACCGCCGAGCCAAACUCAAAAGAGACCUGGAGGAGAUGAAAGCAGAUGUGGAAUCUGCCAAGAAACUGGGGCCCAGCGCCCAGGUGGAUAUUGUUAGCAUUUCAGAGCUGGAGCCGAAUUCGGAAGGGAGGGGGAAAUCGCGUUCUCUUUCUCCAACUCUACCCAAACAUGGACUGGAGACCGCCAGCCACCUUCAGCUAGCUCCUGAAUCCCCUCUCACAGACCAACCCAACAGCAGUAAGGACUGCUCAGAGGAUGAAGAAGAUGUGGAAAUUGACGUUGAUGACUGA